AUGCAGACAUUCCACUUCCGCAAACACAAAUUCGUCGAAAGGGGGAAUAAUGACAAAUUUGUUCUGAUCAUCAAUCGAGACUGGCCGGAGCUGCCUUGUGUUCACAAGCCUCACCAUGGCCACCAGCUCUUGAGCACAAUUCGGAGUUCCGAGUCCGUGAAGUUGAACGUGACCGGUUUACACGGAGAAUCGUCUAUCCAGGAUAGUCUGACCACCGAAUAUGCCUCUGUGAUAUUUUCGAUUACAGUUGCGACAUUCCACUUCCGCAAACACAAAUUCGUCGAAAGGGGGAAUAAUGACAAAUUUGUUCUGAUCAUCAAUCGAGACUGGCCGGAGCUGCCUUGUGUUCACAAGCCUCACCAUGGCCACCAGCUCUUGAGCACAAUUCGGAGUUCCGAGUCCGUGAAGUUGAACGUGACCGGUUUACACGGAGAAUCGUCUAUCCAGGAUAGUCUGACCACCGAAUAUGCGUCUGUGAUUCUUUGUAUCCUGGUUGGG